GUGCGUGCUGGAAUGCCUGUAGCCAGGGUCCAGUUAAGUUUCUAAAAUCAAAGUGCCAUCAGUUUGGCCAAGCGUUAGGUGUGGUAGUUAAUCUCAAAAUCCUUACCAGUUGAAACUGGAAACUUCAUAGGCCAGACUAGUCCUUGAGGCCACCUGGCGGGCCCCACAUAACCAGAGAAGAAGCCUGCCAGCCUGACCUUGUAACAAGGUACACUUUUUGUCACCAAGCCCUAUUUGGCGCAGUGUCGCAGUUCGGAGCUGUCUCACAGCAUCCCAGAGAACGACAAACCUUGGGCCCUGCUCAUUCCAGAACUCAGCACUGAAAGGCAUUCUUGUGCUCGUCCAUUGGCUGGCAACGCUGAAAUUCGGAAAUAAAGACUGCUUCCCAACAUUUUCUUGGACAACUUAAAACAGAAAAAAAUCAAAAGAAUGUAUGUAUUUCCAAAGAUAUCUUUGAGACCUGAAGUUGAAAACUAUCUCAAAGAGAGCUUUUUGAACGAGGAGGCUGUGUCUGCUUCAAGCAGACAAGAAGCAGAAAGGAAAUUUGAGACUCUGCUGCUUCGCCUGUCACACCCUCCGUCGAUGACAACUGUCAGAGUGAAUACGCAUUUAGGCUCAGUUCAGCAUGUCAGAGGUCUGCUGCUUGAAGAGCUCCAGAAGCAGUUUGGUGAAUCCAGCAUUCCUGUUGUUCAGCAUCCAGCCCUCCCGGAUGUCUUGCUCAUCCCCAUGACUGGACCAAGGAAGAAUAUAGAAAGACAACAGGGUGAAGUGAUUGUUGGCGCACAGUGUGGCAAUGCAGUGUUAAGAGGGGCCCAUGUCUAUGUUCCAGGAAUUGUGUCAGCUUCAAAAUUUAUGAAAGCUGGAGAUGUUAUUUCCGUGUAUUCUGAUAUUAACGGCAAAUGUAAGAAAGGAGCCAAAGAAUUUGAUGGAACUAAAGUAUUUCUCGGAAACGGAAUUUCUGAACUGAGCCGCAAAGAUAUCUUCAAUGGGUUACCUGAUCUGAAAGGUAUAGGCAUAAGAAUGACAGAACCCAUAUAUCUCAGUCCCUCGUUUGACAAUGUUCUACCCAGUUAUAUAUUUUUACAGAAUUUACCAUCUACAGUUGUAGCUCAUGUUCUUGAUCCUCAACCUGGAGAGAAGAUUCUAGAUAUGUGUGCAGCCCCUGGGGGCAAAACUACACAUACUGCAGCACUGAUGCAGGACAAGGGAGAAGUAAUAGCAUUGGACAAAAUAUUGACAAAAGUGAACAAACUGAAGCAGAAUGCUUCAUUAUUAGGGCUUCAUUCUAUCCGGGCAUUUUGCUUCGAUGCAACAAAGGCACUUAAGCUUGAUACUACCGAUGGCAUAGAAGGGGGGCCUCCAUUCUUACCAGAAUCUUUUGACCGAAUUAUCCUUGAUGCACCCUGCAGUGGAAUGGGACAGAGGCCAAAUAUGGCUUGUACUUGGACUUUAAAGGAAGUGACAUCCUAUCAGCCACUACAGCGAAAACUCCUUCAUGUGGCAGUUCAACUCCUGAAGCCAGGGGGAGUGCUGGUCUACAGCACAUGCACAAUAACCUUGGCAGAAAAUGAAGAGCAAGUUGCCUGGGCCCUCCGAACAUUCCCCUGCCUUCAGCUUCAACCCCAGGAACCACAGAUUGGAGGAGAAGGGAUGGUGGGAGCUGGCCUGACAUUGGAGCAAUUGAAGCAGCUGCAGCGAUUUGAUCCGUCUGUUGUACCACUGCAGAACAUGGACACUGAUUCUCUUGGAGAGGCCAGAAGGGAAGACAUGAUUUGGUUGGCCAACAAAGACUGUAUAGGCUUCUUUAUUGCAAAGUUUCUAAAAUGUCAAAGCACAAAAGCGAAGGUUUCUCAGAAAUGAAAAUUCUGAAGACUGUCUGUGUGUGGGGCUUUUUCUUACACAGAAGUGUUGUCAAGCCAACGGAGUGAUGGCAUGGUUGCUCAGGAAACAGGAUGAUGCUAAUGGCUUCCCUGGGAUCGGAAGGAGCAGCAUGCAUACGUGGUUCUGGGGAAGUGGGGGAUAGGAAAGCAUAAUCAGCCUCAUGCUUUAUGAAAGGAAAGGAGUUGCCUGUGGGGGUCUGGAAUAUAAUUUCAGUUUUAACUCAUAACUAUUAGUCUUUCUAAUGUCAUAAAUAUUGUCUUUCUAUCAAAAAAAAUAGUUUGAAAACAAGAACAAAGCUCUAAAGCUUUCAAGUGGUUAUGAAAAACUGUUUUCAGUUUCCAAGAUGGUGGUAGCUUCUUCAGUAAGUUUUCAGGACAUGGACAGUAACACUAACCUCAUCAUAACUGAGGUAAGUAGGCUCGUUGCUGGAGUCUGCCUCUGUCUCUCUCUGCUUACUGAUUGUAAAUCUGGCUUCUUAAUUUAAAGGUUUAUUUCUGUACUGAGUAUGUGUGUGGAACACAUGGUGAAGUCAGAGGACCACGUUUGAGAAUCAGUUUCUCGCCUCUACCUUGGGUUCUGAAGCUUGAUCUCAGAUCCUCAGGUUUGUGUUGCAAGUCCUUUUUCCCUGCUGAGUCAUUUCACCAGGCCGCAGGUCACUUCUAAAUAAAGCUUGGAUUUGCGCUAAAUACUUUGAAAGGUGAAGUCUAGUGAUUUACGUUGUAGUUAAAAUGGCCAUUGAGAAGUACUCCACAUUUUGGCUGUAUUUUAUCAUCUUUGGGAACAGACAUCAUGCAAAAUAAUAGGGAAAUGCUUGGUGAGGAGGAGAAAAGCAGUUACUGAGAGCCAGGACUCCCAUCCCCAGGAGCUGUUCCAGAGGUUAUUAUGUUAGAGUUCUAGAUUUAAAGGGUUGCCUUUUUACUAUAAAAUUACAACCAGAAGACACACAAAGACUUGCUUCCAUCAUUCCUUCUGUCAAUUUUCAAAGGCCAUUUCAAAGGUAUCAAUGGAAGGUUCUCCCCCAAGGUAUGAAGAACGGUCCUACUCUGUCAGAAAUUUGUGGAUCAAGCUUCAUGAUUCAUUAGGGUCAAGUAUAAAAAGGCUUUUAUUUUACAUUAUAUGAUUGAUAUUCUUAUAGCAGAAAAAAUAAAGGAUUUAACUGAAUUAAUUUUGAAAAAUAUCAUUGAGGUAUUAACCCAGCAUGGACUAAUUAUCACCCCUGAUAAAAUUCAACAUAACAGGCCAAUAAAUUAUUUGGGAAAAACAAUUCAUAAUGAAUAUAUCAUAUCUCAAUAAUCGCAAUUUAGGUUUGAUAAAUUAAAAACAAUGAUUUUCAAAAAUUAUUGAGAAAUAUUAAUUGGAUUAAUUUUCCAAUUAAUUUAAAAAUUACCACAGGACAGUUGCAUCAUUUAUUUGACAUUCUUAAAGGAGAUCCUGAUCCCACGUCUAGAGACAGCUUACAGAAGAAGCCUUAAAACAACUAGAAUUGAUAGAACAAAAGAUGCAAGAUGCAAAGGUAAAACAAAUACAUUAGUUAAAACCAUGGUCUCUUCUUAUACUUAAAACAGCUUACAGGCCUACUGCAUGGCUAUGGCAAGAAGGUGUGCUAGAAUGGAUUUAUUUCCCUCAUACUCUAGUAAAAAUGGUAUCCUCUUAUCCUUUUAUGUGUAGUCAAUUAAUAAUUAAAGGGAGGAUAAGAUCCAGGGAAUUAUUUGGCAAAGAAAUGCAUGGAAUUGUUAUUCCCUACAAUCAGGAGCAAGUGGAGUAUUUACUUCCAACUGCGGCUGACUGGGGAAUGGCAUUAGCUCAGGAUAUGGGAUAAACUAAAUACCAUGUACCUCAACACCCUAUGGUAAAGUUUUAGAAGAAACAAAUACCUUUUCCUUCUAAAAUAACAUUGGAACCCGUUUCUGAUGCCCUCUUGGUAUUUACAGAUGGGUCAUCUAAUGGAACCUCGGCUGUUUAUAUAAAAGAUAGACCUGGAAUUAUUAAAAAGGCAAAAUAAACUUCUGCACAGCAGGCGGAAAUUAUUGCAGUUAUUACUGCCCUUGAACACCUGCCUGAAGAGUUUAACCUUUAUACAGAUUCAAAAUAUGUAGUUCAUUUAUUUCCUGAUAUAGAGACAGCUCUUAUAUCUGGGAGUUCCAGAAUUAUAUAAUUCAAUCAAGAAAAAGAAAAUUUUUUAUAGGACAUAUCAGAAGACAUACUGGCCUGCCAGGUCCAUUGGCUUCAGGAAAUGCUAUGGCAGAUUUAUUAACGAAGGAACACGUAAUUGCUAGUGUGGUUGAACAAGCAUUGGAAAGUCAUGCUUUACAUCAUCAGAACGCAUUGGCCUUGAGAAGGAUGUUCAAUUUGACACGAGAACAGGCUAGACAAAUUGUGAAGGAUUGCAAACAUUGUCCCGAUGUAUAUCAUUCAUUAAAAAUGGGAGUUAACUCAAGGGGCCUUAAACCUCAAGUUUUGUGGCAAAUGGAUGUAACUCAUAUCCCAGAAUUUGGAAAAUUGUCCUAUGUACACGUUAUUGUAGAUACCUAUUCUCAUGUGGUUAUGGCUACUGCUAGAACUGAAGAGGCUGUGAAAGAUGUCAUACAACAUCUUAUUAUAUGCUUCUCCUCCUCAGGUGUGCCAAAAAGAAUUAAAACUGAUAAUGCUCUAGCUUACAUUUCUCAAGGUUUUGCACAGUUUUGCAUUCAAUGGGGUAUAGAACAUAUAACAGAAAUUCCAUAUAACCCCCAAGGUCAUGCUAUCAUAGAAAGGAUUCAUCAAAAUCUUUUUUUUUUAAAGAUUUAUUUAUUGUUAUAUGUAAGUACACUGUAGCUGUCUUCACACAUACCAGAAGAGGGCAUCAGAUCUCAUUAUGGAUGGUUGUGAGCCACCAUGUGGUUGCUGGGAUUUGAACUCAGUAUCUUCGGAAGAGCAGUCAGUGUUCUUAACCGCUGAGCCAUCUCUCCAGCCCCCUCAUCAAAAUCUUAAGGUACAAUUUCAGAGAUUAAAAUCUAGUGAUCAUUAUUACUCACCUCAUCAAUUUUUAAGCCAUGGUUUAUUUACCAUUAAUCACCUUACUACAGAUGAUAAAGGCUUAACCCCUAUGCAAAAACAUUGGGCUCCCCUACUGCAGACUCGUUUAGUGAUGUGGAAGGAUCUUUUAACAGGCACCUGGGAAGGGCCAGAUGUGUUAAUCACCUGGGGAAGAGGAUAUGCAUGUGUUUUUCCACAGAAUGCAGAGACCCAAUCUGCAUCCCAGACAGACUUAUUCGACCCUUCCAACCAGAAAACCUCUACAAGAACCCAGAAGCAAAAGAAGGCAAAAGAAGUAAUGAAGACAUUGAAGAAGCUUGAUCUCUCUUCUCCACAGGCGGCUUCGGCUCCUCCUGAACGGUCAUCUACCACAGGGAUAGAUCACUUGGGGACAACUGAAGAAACUGUCAUCUACCACAGGGAUAGAUCACUUGGGGACAACUGAAGAAACUCACCCAGAGAGCACAACAAAUCAUCUCUGAUACCGGAAACCACCAUCAGCAGAAAACAGGUUUCUUGCUAUGCUUGUUGUGGUUUCUAUGCAGGCAUGCUGUGCCUCUGCAACCUUGUCUGGGGCCUAUGUUCCCCAUCCUCCCCUUCUUCAUCCCGUGGGUUGGGGAGAUGAUGUGCAUAUCAGAGUCAUGACUCUGAGCUGCUAGGGGAACACGCUGACUUUCCCCCCAUUUGACUUCCUCUGUAAUUAAAUAUGAGGCAAUGUCAGACUCUGCCCCAAUCUGUGGUACUUUAAAGAGAAUCCCCUCCCUCCAAAUGGGUUGCCUUCCCAUUAGUUAGAGAACUUUUCUUUCUGAUGAUCCAGAUAGAUCCUGUCACACCCCCCCCCGCCCCCGAAUCGUAAAAGAUUAAUGUGAGAGCUUUCAAUAAUGAUUUUGGGGUAUUCUAAUUAUAAUGAAACUUUUAUAAGGCCAACAGAAACUAUUCCUCGGAAAGAAUGUCCACAAGAAUAUCAGGACAAUGAUAAAUUGUGGGUAUCCUUGCUUUCAGGUGAUAGUCCAAGAUGACUUAAAUGUGGAUUUAGCUUUUGGGCUUCAGUACAUGAUCCUUGGAAAACUCAAGACAAAAUUCAUGAUUAUUCCAUCAUCUCUCCAUUUUAUGAUUAUAGGAAACAAUUAGUUAAUGAGUUACAGGUCUUUCAUGGCUACAGGCCUGGGACAUUUACAAAGGAGUCUGUUAAUAGAUGGUUCAGUCCAGGAUGGGUGAAACCAAUUUAUGUCAGUCAUUCUCUUUCACAUAAUUUUUCUAAUGAUUUUUUCAGGGUUAUUUAGACUUUUUGCUGCAACUAAUAUGGUUCUUUUAAAAAAAAGCCUAAGAAAUCUAAGAGCACUCCUUUAGCAAUUAGAUCUUGACUAAAGUAUCCUUAUGACUGGACAGUCCUCAAAUUUAAAAAUUAAGGUAAAACAAUCUUAUCAGGUCAGCUGUUCCAAAUGUAUUCUAACUGUGUUGAUCCUAUCUUAAUUCAGAAUUAUUCAGUUAUUUUGAUAUUACAAAGACCUUCUUAUGUUAUGCUUCCUGUCAAUUUAAAAGAGGAUGUUUGGAUUGAUGAUGUAACCUUACGCUUAAGGGAGUUAAUGAGCUAAUUAGACCAAAGUGUUUUGCUGCAACUUUAAUUUUGGGCUCUAAUAGCCAUUCUUACUUCACUUACAGUCCAACAGUCGCCUCAGUCUCUGAUAUGAAGACUACACAUUUUGUUGAUAACUUUAAACAAAAAUGUCUCUUUAACACUUGCAAGGCAACAAAUUAUGGAUAAAAAAUUAGAAGUAAAACUUGAUGCUUUAGAGGAUGUAGUUUUGGCAUUAGGACAAGACGUCGAAAAUACAAAGUUCAGCUUUCAGCUUUCGGUAUAUACGUGUAACUCCAUUACCUUAUAAUAAAAGUCAUAAUUGGAAUUUUACUAAAAAUCAUUUGUUGGGAAUUUGGAAAGACAAUGGUAUUACUCAUGAUAUGGCUCAGUUACAAGCCCAAAUAUCUGCUAUGAGCAAAGCCCAUGUUGAAUCUACUGAUAUAGAAGAUUUGGCUCAGUGUAUUAGCUUUGGUUUAUGGUCAUUAAACCCUGUUAGUUGGCUACAUUGGAUCAUUGUUGUCGCCAUGGCUAUAGGAAUAAUAAUUCUUCUCCUUACUUUUCCAGUCAUCUUCCGACUAGUCUUUUCCUCCGUUUCUGCAGCCAAAAGAGAUAUUUACAAGCUUCAAUUAAAACAAUAAAAAAGGGAGAGAUGCACACCACCUCCAGUAGGAUCUGUGUGACAAGUUCCACAGACUGAGGCGAUCGACCUCAAAAGGGGGAGGCCUCCUGGAACUGGUUGUGGAACUCUUCGCUGGAGAAAAAAUUUGAGCUGUAGUUCUCAUGGCAAUCUAUCUGUUUUGUUUUCUCUUAUCCUUUUUCUUAUUUACAUGUUCCUAGUAGCCUAGGCCAAGAUCUUAAGCGAGAACAAUGGGUAAAAAAACAUCCCUAGAGAUGGGGCCACUAACAUGACCUUAUCCCCAGGGAAACCAACGCUUUACUUUCUAAAUCAUUUACAAAACUAUUAUGAUAAAAACUUUCCCAACACUAAAAUUUCAUAUGGCUACAUGUGUCAUCAGAGGUGGAUUUUGGUAUUUGGUAACGAAAGCCUUAAUUAGAAAGAAUUAAAAUAGUUUAAAUUUAUAUAUUGAAGAUUAUAAAAAUUCAAGCCCUAGAUGUUAAAUAAUAAUUGACCAUGGGGCUGGAAAGUUAGUUCAGCUGUUAAGAGCACUGACCAUUAAAGAUUUAUUAACCUGCUCCUGGAAAUAUGCCACUAGCCUUGGACAACAGCCCCCACUGAAUUCAUCCCUUCAGAAU